AUGGGCUGGGUGCACAACCUCCAAACGCCCGACCCGAAUAGCCAUAUUUCUCGGGUCAACGGGGUCUGCUUGAGUUUUGCGACCGCGGCAUGCAUAGCCGUUGCGCUGCGGUUCCAUGUUCGAAUAAACGUGAAGAAAUCCCUGUGGGUGGAUGAUUAUGCGACGCUGUCCAGUGCAGUUCUUGAGGCGGUAUAUGCGGGACUUACUGUUGCUCAGACGCGCUGGGGCCUGGGCCUUAGUGCAGAAUAUCUCCCUGAAGCCAACGAGGUCAUGAUGGGCAAGAUGCAAUAUAUCGAAGGCCCAACAUACACGCUCGCCCUACUGGGGUUCAAGAUCUCGCUACUCGCGUCCUAUCUCCGCAUUGGAGGUUUCGUCAAGUUGUAUCGGGUGGUCAUAUUUGCAGUCAUUGCUGCAUGCAUUGCCCGUCAAUGGGACAAGUCCAUCCCGGGGACAUGUAUCAACACCGUUGCGUCAUACUACGGUAUUGCUGGGACGAGUCUCGGCUUUGACGCGAUUAUCAUUGCCCUACCGCUGCCGAUCCUUGCUAAACUGCAGCUGAAGCUGCGACAGAAGAUCCUACUCGGUAUGCUCUUCAGCCUGGGCUUCUUCGUGACAAUCAUCCAAAUCAUCCGCAUCUUCACAGUCAAGCAUCUCAAAACAUACACAGACAGCCAAGCGGUCAUUCUCUGGUCUCAUGUUGAAGUCAGUCUUGGAAUAAUAAUAAGCUGCGUCCCAACUUACGGCCCAUAUUUCCGCGCGCUCGCAAUCAACAUCUCGUCGUAUCGUCGCCGCCCAACGCAGGGCUACGGACAAUCAUACGGAGAGACGUACGGGGUUUCAUCACGGAAUGCCAAGGGUACCAGCCGCAUAUAUGAUAAUAGCAUGCCGAUGACGGGGAUUAUCGGGUCGGGAAGUCGAAUGGGAGACAACGAUUCGCAGGAAAGUAUACUGGCCGAGAGGAACAGUGCGGAGGCAGCGCAGAUGCAUGACCGGGCGAAGGGGAUGGGGAUUCGUAUUGCAACUGAGGUGAGGGUUGAGACGGGGCCGCGGGAGCCGGAGUAA